AUGGAACCCAACAAUUCAAUCAAUCAAAUCGACAAUCACAUCGACGAUGAUGGUGAUCAGAACUCAUUUCCAAGCCACCGUCAUCAGAUCAUCACCUAUUCGAGAAAGAGAAAACACUCUCAAUCUCAGGGACAGAAUCCGAUAUGUACGUUGCAUAUAAGUGCUUCUUUUUUACUUGAUGCAAAAACUUUGGUUACCAUAUUUCAGAUACAUUUGGAGGAGGGGCCCGGUGAUAUACUUGUAUUUCUAUUUGGGCAUGAAGACAAUGAAUCUAUUGAGGGUCUUGUGUGUGAGAAUCUUAAGAAAUUACCUGAAGCCAAUGAAAAAAAUCUUAAUCUUGCCAUUGUUCUCUUCUCUUCCAUCAGAGAAGCAAAUGAAAGUCUUUACAGUUGCUCCUAUUGGAUUCAGAAAGGUACACUAGUAGCUACACGCCUUAUUAAGAACUCUAUAAAACUGGUAAUACUGGAAACUAACAUUGCUGAAACAUCAGUGACAAUACCUGGAAUUAAUUAUGUGAUUGAUCCUGGAUUGCUGAAAGUGAGGAGUUACUCUCCUGACAGUGGCAUUGAGUCUCUAAUUGUUGUUAAAACUUCAAAAGAUCAAUCUCUUCAAAGGAGUGAUCUGGAAAAUGCAGCUCUAUCCGACACAUUGGUCCCACGAAAGAACACAAGAUUGUCCAACAUAAAGCUCACAUUUCCGAGCUUAAUCUACAUGCUGAAGAUCAAGCUAGAGAAAAUACAACUUAAAGCAUUGGAGGCAAUGGUUGUCGUUGGCCAAGUCAAAUCAGAAUUUUCUAUUUCCCACAUCUCAAAUUCACCAUCAAAGAAACUAGAAAAGAAUGGAUCAAGAAAAAGAGGAUUUGGUUCCCCUUUUAAAUGCAUAGGAAUAGGAUUAGCACAACAACUGAAGUCUGAGAGAGAUGAAGAGCUUGCUACUGUAAGAAAGCGAAUUGAAGAGCUUGAAGCAUUGGCUGCAAGUCGCCAAAAAGAAGCAUAA